CCGAACCUAUAUAACAGAGACGCGGGAGGAAGAGAGAUAAAAUACGGCGACGUGAGUUCCAGGAUCCUUCUCUUCUACUUCUGGCUUAUGGUUCUGGAGCUUUUCUCUAAAUAAUUUGGAAUUACCUUUGACGAAGACUUCGAGGAGCUCCCGUAUUGACCAUUCCGUUUGGCGCCAUGAACAUCUUCACCAAGAAACCCACGGCCAAAGAGGCUCUUAGGGAGAGUAAGCGAGAAAUGGCACACGCUACUAGGGGCAUCGAGAAGGAAAUUGGAGCAUUACAAUUGGAAGAAAAAAAGCUUCUCGCCGAAAUAAAGAGAACUGCCAAGACUGGCAACGAGGCAGCAACUAAAGUUUUAGCUCGCCAAUUGGUUAGGCUUAGGCAACAAAUUGCUAAUCUUCAAGGUAGUCGAGCUCAGAUGAGAGGCAUAGCAACUCACACACAGGCGAUGCAUGCCCAGUCUUCUGUUGCUGUUGGUAUGAAAGGUGCUAGUAAGGCAAUGGCAGCUAUGAAUAAGCAAAUGGAACCUGCAAAGCAAGCAAAAGUUCUACGAGACUUCCAGAAACAAUCAGCGCAGAUGGAUAUGACUACUGAAAUGAUGUCAGAUGCCAUAGAUGAUGCAUUGGAUAAUGAUGAAGCUGAAGAGGAGACUGAAGACCUGACAAACCAGGUGCUUGAUGAAAUUGGCGUGGAUGUGGCCUCGCAGUUGUCAGCGGCUCCUAAAGGAAGAAUUGCAACAAAGAGUUCUGAAAAUGCGAGCAGCUCGGGCGUUGAUGACCUAGAGAAACGUUUGGCAUCUCUAAGAAACCCAUAAUUUUCUGUGUUGAGUUCACGGGAUUUUCAAACACAAUGCCGUCUGCUAGAAUCCUUGGGCUCAAUUUCUCUUAUGGGAUUUGAUGGGUUCACUUGAAAUUAUUGUUUUAUCAAGGAAUCUGUUCUGAAUGUGAGAGGUUAUUGUUAAGUAGUAGAUGGAUUCUAAGAGAUGCUAGUGCGAUAGGAGAUUGAACGAAUAGCUCUAUUCACAAAUAGCGUAAUUUGAUGUUGAUUUUGUGAAUUGAAAUGCCGACUCGAUCUUCCUUUGUUUGUUUAGUGCUUCUCGUUUGUACCUAUUAAAUUCAUGCCUUGGUAAUUGAUAAUGACCCUCAAUGCCAUAGGCCUUCCUAUUUUUCCCUGCACAUGGCAACUCUUGGGAA